GGCAACAGUAGAAACAUUGUAACUCUCAGAUGAGUCGCAUGCAAGCAAGCGGAAGCUAUCGAUCACUGUGUCAACUAAUGGCGCCGGUAGCUAGCAUCUCGGUAGCAGGUGCAGCGCUGGUGCUGGCGCUGGCGCUGGCGUUGGCGGUGGCGUUGCAGCUGUCGGCCUCGGCGGCGGCUGAUAUCGUGGUUCCUCCUCCGCCGCCGGACAACUGCACCCGCAUCUGUGGCAAGGUGGCCGUGCCGUACCCGUUCGGCAUGGGUUCCGGCUGCUACUGGCCGGGCUUCAACCUCACCUGCGUCAGCAGCAAGAGUGGCCCGCUGCUGAUCGGCGACGGCACCCUCCAAGUCGACCACAUCUGGCCACACAACUCCACCCUGCGCGUCAUCCGCACCGGCGGCAUGAAAAUAGAGGACGAGGCCAACGGCAUCGGCGGCAGCUUCGGCGGCGGGCUCAGGGACGGCGGUCCCUACACGCUGUCCGCCUACAACGAGCUGGUGGUGACCGGCUGCAACGUGGUGGCGACGCUCGUGGAGGGGCACACCAACCUCACGCGGAGCGGCUGCGCCUCCAUCUGCACAACCGCCGCCGACCACAUGGAGUAUCCCGUCGGUCUCACGGUGUGCAGCUUCGGCAAAGGCUGCUGCAAGGCGGAGACCGACUUCUGGCGCUUGAGCUUCAACGCGCGGCUGAAAUGGUUCGGGCAGAACCGCACGGUGGACGAGAUGUGGGCGACCACGCGCGUGGUGGUGUCGGAGAAGGGGUGGUUCUAUAAGCGCUUUAUCUUGGAAGAAGAGACGCAGGUUCCGGUUCAGCUGGACUGGGCGGUCGAGGUCGCCGGAGAUGAGCAGGGUGAUGCACUCCGUCCCGGCGAUACGUGCCCCUCUUACGUGACCCGCGACGUCUGCAAGAGCAGCAACAGCAACUGCAGGCCGGGGCCGGACGGAGGCUACAGUUGCCACUGUUACACGGGUCACGCCGGCAACCCGUACAUCGCCGGCGACGGCGGAUGCCAAGAUGUGGACGAGUGCGAGCAGCCAGAAGAACACGGCUGCUUCGGCGAGUGCACAAACACGGCAGGAACGUUCUACUGUCGGUGCCCUCGGGGAACUCAGGGCAACCACACCAUACCCGGUGGUUGCAUCAAGUCCGCCACAGUUUCAGGUUUAACCAUCGGAAUUGGAGUUGGUAGUGCGGCAGGAGCUGUUCUUUUGGUUCUCAUUGCAUUCGUAUUGACGCAAAAGAUUAAACGUCGAAGAAAAGAAAUGCUGAAGAGGAAGUUCUUCGAGCAAAAUCGUGGCCGACUGUUGCAACAACUGGUAUCUCAAAGAGCUGAUAUUGCAGAAAGAAUGAUCAUAUCCUUGGCGGAGCUGGAGAAGGCAACAAACAAUUUCGACAAAACUCGGGAGCUUGGUGGCGGAGGGCAUGGCAUCGUCUACAAGGGGAUUUUAUCGGAUCUCCAUGUCGUCGCCAUCAAGAAACCAAAGAUGGUUGUUCAAAAGGAGAUUGACGAGUUCAUCAAUGAGGUUGCUAUCCUAUCGCAAAUCAAUCAUAGACAUGUGGUAAAGCUCUAUGGUUGUUGCCUUGAAACAGAAGUCCCGAUGUUGGUCUAUGAGUUCAUAUCCAAUGGAACCCUUUCCGAUCAUCUGCAUACCAGUGGACCAAAAUCAUUGCCAUGGGACGAUAGGUUGCGGAUAGCAACCGAGACAGCCAAGUCACUUGCCUAUCUUCACAUGACUAUAUCAACACCAAUUAUUCAUAGAGAUAUCAAGUCCACUAACAUACUUUUGGAUGAUACUCUAGCAGCAAAGGUAGCAGACUUUGGAGCAUCAAGGUACAUUCCAGUGGAUAAAACAGGCGUAACAACAAUUGUACAAGACACAAGAGGAUAUUUGGACCCUAUGUAUCUCAGCACAGGGAGGCUAACGGAGAAAAGUGAUGUUUACAGCUUUGGUGUCAUGCUCCUAGAACUGUUAACUAGAAAGAAACCAUUCUCAUAUUUUUCUUCUCAAGGUGGUGGCCUUGUUGGACAUUUUGCUACCUUGUUUGUAGAAGGAAAUUUGGCUCAGAUACUAGAUCCACAAGUUGUGGACUCGGAAAGCAAAGUAGUGGAAGAAGUGGCCAAGCUUGCAUUGGCAUGCGUAAACUUAUCAGGAGAGGAUCGUCCAACCAUGAGAAAUGUGGAGUUGACACUAGAAAGUCUUCAAGCAUCAAAGAUGCAUGUUUUAGGAAAUGCAGUGGUAAAGGCAUCCGAGGAGGAUGGUGCUGCAACGAGCUCCCAAACUUCUCCAUCUCUUCCUCGGAAUAGAAAAGAAUCAAGCAGACAAUACAGCAUGGAAGAAGAGUUCGUGCUAUCCGCAAAGUAUCCUCGGUAGUAUUAUUUAAAAAAUGAAAUAUGUAAGUAGAGUGGAAAAAUAAUGUAGCCGUCCUUUUUUGUUUAUUUGGCUUAUUUAUAUAUAGGUAUCAUGUGUCCAUAGCAAUGCCGAUAUUACUUGUGCACUAGUGCCAGAGAAGAGUAGUUUCCUCUCGAUGUAAGUCAGUGUGGUGUUGCAUCCUAAUCAGCUCGGUG